GAGCUGCCGUUUUUUCACCAAGACGGAACUUAGAAACCUUCCCUGAGGCGACCGUGGAACUAGAGGCGCGUCGAUGCUCUGUCCCGAAGACGCAGCGGAAACCACCACCAACGAAUCGUAUCGGAACUUACGACGCGAGGGGAGAAAAACGCAAUCGCCGCCGCGGUUUUGUUUAACGAAAUUGCGGCGCGAUGGGGGAAACGGGAGAGAUCCGUGGUGGGAGAGAGAGGUGUCCAUUGAAAGAGAUAAGCAAAAAACGAUUGUGAGAUUUUUUGGGAUUGUGAAGAGAUUACAGAGGAGAAGAUUGAAGGAAGAGUCAGUGGGAGCAGAUUUGGAUAAGAGAUAAAAGAUGGGCUUUUACAAAAAUGCAGAACCCCACAGGCCUACCUAGGCCCAAUAAGAUUACCUCUAUACACUGAAGAAAAGGAAAAAACUGAAGAGUGAGAACUGAGAAGCGAUUAUGGCGAGCAAGAUGAGUCUCCGUUACUCUCUCUUUUUGAUCUUCUUCUCUCUCAUUUCACUCCAAGGUUUUGCCAAGAAGACCGGAGAUGUGUCGGAAUUGCAGAUCGGUGUCAAGUUUAAGCCAAAAACAUGUGAAGUUCAGGCUCACAAAGGUGAUACGAUCAAGGUGCACUAUAGGGGGAAACUUACUGAUGGAACUGUAUUCGAUUCGAGUUUUGAAAGGGGUGAUCCGUUUGAGUUUAAAUUAGGAAGUGGUCAGGUUAUCAAAGGUUGGGAUCAAGGUUUGCUAGGAGCGUGUGUAGGUGAGAAGAGGAAGUUAAAGAUACCUGCUAAACUUGGAUAUGGAGAACAAGGCUCUCCACCUACUAUCCCCGGUGGUGCAACACUGAUCUUUGACACAGAGCUUAUUGCGGUAAAUGAAAAACCAGCUGGUGGUGAAGAAUACGGAGGGGAUGAAGAUGAUGAGGGAUAUGGAAAUGACGAGCUAUGAUCCGGUCUCCGUUCUUUAACGAUUUUGCUUCAAGAGUUCUCUGGAUAAUACAAAGAAACCAUCUAUGGGAGGGUUUUUUCUAGUCUUUUGGCUUUUAGGCGUAAAGACUGCAGAUGAUUGUUAUGGUGAUAUUUAACAUUUUCUUUUCAUAAUUGGCUCAACUUCAAUUAGUUAGCCAAAGCAAAUUACACAGUACGGCUUAGCGACCUCAAUGGUGAUCUAUGCGCAGAAUGAGAGGGGUCAAGAAAAAUCUUAGGCAGUGUCGUCUUACAAAAAAAAAAAGACAACUACAAUGGCAAAAUACAAAAGUUUACCAUCAAUGCUUUUGUGAAACUCUUUGCUAUUAUUUUGACCUCAAUCCACCAAAUUCUCAAUGGUCAGUGGAUCAA